UUUGUUUACAUUUAUCGAAAUGCUUCGAAGACUUUUAAAACUCACUUUAAUUCCGAGAAGAAAUUUCCCACAAAUCGAAUGUCGCGUUUUUAUGGAACAAAAUGCAAAUCCCGAGAAGGUCUUACACACAGAUGACAUCGUGGACGAGCUGAGAGCUUUUACGAAUGCCAAACUUUUAGCCACAAACUUAUCAAUUCCGUCGUUAAAAACAAUCGUUCCUCUCUUCACGGAACUCUUAGAAUGUGAUGAAACUGUAGCCAAAGAAGUUGCUCGAAAGCACUUGAAGGAAAUUAAGACAAUGACAAUGAAGGAAUUGCGAACACAGCUCGAGACUUACAUCGAAGCCGGUUUCGAUCGAAAACUUCUUCUGCAACAUUCGGAAGUACUAUCCAUGAUUCCCGGGAUAGUUCGUGAAAAGCUCGAAAUUUUACGGGCAAUGCCAACUGGUGAAAACGGCAACGGAUUAAAUGACUACUUGCCAUUGAUGAAACUCGAAGUCGAGGAUUUAAAGAAAUUUCGUGACACUUUAAACCGUGAUAAGCGAAUGAAGAUGCCAUUCGGGGAUCGACUUCAUUUUUUGAGCAACAAUCUCGAUGUGGAACCCUACAAAAUUUCAAAACUUUUUCUAAAAUAUCCAUAUUUAAAAUCGCUACGAAGAGCUCUGAUCGUCAAAAAUACCGAAGUUUUUUUGCGUUACAAAGUGCCUAAACCAAAAAUCCUCAAAAGCGGCUACACGCUACAAUCAAAUCCUUCAAGCAAAGUUCAAAAUCGCUUAGAAAACGCAAAACCAAUCAAAGGUGAGGACAACUUACAUGCAUGGCUCGGAUAUGUUGAUGAAAAAAUUUACGAUAAUACCCUGAAUUACGCUUCUGAAAAUCGUGAACCGUUGAAAGAGGUGGGUGCGGAAGACAAUAUUGAUUAUUUCAGGAAGCGUCUUGGAUUAAAUGACACCGAAACGGAAUUCUUUUUGAUGAAAUAUCCGCGAACUAAGAGAAUGACAGUGCGAGUAAUGAAAGCGCAUCUGGAUUUUUUGUUAGACGAAGCGGGAUAUCCGGCAGAAAAAAUUGCAAAAGUUCCGUAUUUAUUUUCUUAUAGCGUCAAAACACUCAGAAAACGCCACGAAGAACUUAAAAAAUUAAAUCAUGAGUUGGAGAGUUUGUACCCAUUAUCGAGACCGUCAAAGGAGUGGGAUGAGUACAUCCAAAAACUGAAAAAUGAUAAAAAAUAUUGAAACGCCUUCAGAAAAGUGAAACUUACCUUAAAUUAAAAGUUUUAAAAAAAUUUAAAAAAAAUUAGAAAUUUUUGCAAUUUAUUUAUUCGACAAAAAAAAAGAAAAAUAACUUAAUCAAAUAUAAUUCUAUGAA